AAGCUGUGAUCUGCUUUCAGAUUUGGAAUCCGCCCCAGAGGCCCCAGGAACUCCUGCCGGCUGUCCUUCACUGGACCAUUUACUGCUAAGGCUGGAGACAGAGGACUCAGGCACUUUUGCAAAUGAACUGAGCAGCAAGGGGGUGGAGGGUGUUGAAAGAAGAUUGGAGGGCUACCCCACAGGCAACUGGGCCUGCUCCACCCAGAAUCCCCCCUUUUUUUCCCUAACCCAGGUGAUAGGCUUAGUGGCAGUCAUCCUAUGUAAGGUCCAUCUGGCAAAUCUAUUUGGGGUUUAAGCUGAAAUAGCAGGUGAGUCCCUCCCUUUCCUUAGAGGGGUCAGCUGUUUGUACUGGGAACCAGCUUUGCUAAAAAGGCCUGUCUAUCCUGCCCUCUGUCCCCAACAGCUCUCUGUGGUUUUGGGUGCUAAUGAGCUCUCCUCCCUCCCUGCUUGGGCCUUGCUAUGGGCUGGGGAAUUCACACAAAUGGUGUGCAAUUUGUCCCUUCUGGGUUUUCCUUUCUGACUUGGAGCUAAAGCAAACCCCUCAACCCCCACUGACAUCUUGUUUAUUCAACUGGGAGAGAUUUAACACCCAGGAACCCAGCUCCCCUCUCUGAGCUCCUUUCCCAAAUCUUCAUCCCCCUCCCAAGCCCCCAGCCCUGCACUCCCUGAAUAAUUUAUAAGUCUAGGCAGGGCUUAUAAAAGGGUCUCUAGAGAAAGACCAAUAGUGUGUAGAAAGUUUUGAGAAGUAGGAGAGCCCACUGUCUGCCUGACCUUGGUGUCCUAAGGAUGGACCCUGCUGCUCCUGCUGCUUUGGUGCCUGUCCCAGACCUGGCUUUGGCCCUACCACCAGUUUCCCAGGAACUCCCUGGCCUAUUACACCCAUCAUCCCUUCUCUCUUCUGGACAAGAAAUACCUGGGAGUGAAAGAGGAGCUUGUCUUUGGAGGCCCUGGCUGUCCUCCACAAAUGACCCCCCAAGGCAGGCUGCUGGUGGGGUAACGGCCGCUGAGGCCACCAAGGCUGACUCUGAAUUCCAUCACCCCGUCAGGCUCUUCUGGCCGAAAUCACGCUCCUUUGACUACCUGUAUAGUGCUGGGGAAAUUUUACUGCAGAAUUUCCCUGUCCAGGCCACUAUCAACCUUUAUGAGGAUUCUAACAGUGAAGAUGAAGAAGAAGAGGAGGAGGAGGAGGAGUAUGAAGAGGAGAAAGAGGAGGCUAAUAAAAAGGGGCCAGAAGGGUGUGUGAGAGUACCAGGGCCUGCACCACACAGGGCCACAGCUCCUCCUGUCCAAACUGAAGCAGUCACUGAUUGGCAAGUUUCCUAGGGCCUUUCCAAGGGACAGCUUUCUGGACUAAAAACUGGGUCCUCAAGCUGCCCAGCUCAUCCUGGCUUACCCAACUAGCUGGUGAACUCAGGCUCCUGGCAUCUCAUUGUCUGGGCUUCUGACAGGAUUCCUAGGAGCUCUAGGGAAAGGAAAACCUGUUUCUGAAGCCCCCAGGAAACAGAGCAGGGCAGGGCAUGCCCUUGUGGAGGAGAACAGUCACUUCUCAGGGCCUUUGACAACUUCCCAGGUGGCCACAUAAGUCCAGUCUCUCCCAUGGGAAGCCUGACUUCUGACUUUACCUCCAGGGACACCAAUACCAAAUCCAAGCAAAUUUGGGGCACCUUUCUGAUGAGUCUUGUAGGAAGACAAGGAGGCAUCUAGAGAAUCAGCUUGCUCUGGGGACUCCUUCCCCCAUUUUGCUUGCUCUCCAUUGAAAUCUGAGUGUUGGCAUGAGAUGAAU